CUCGCAUAGCACGUGCAGAGGGACGGACGGCUCUGCGCGCUCGUCGCCUCUACGCAGCGACAACUCCGCACAGCUGUGUAAAAACCACCCCCCGGGGAAUCGCGAGUUCCUCGAUAUUGGAUACUCGACACCGCAGUGACCGCGGUCAAUUAUUCCGGCUUGUUUCAAUAUUUCCGGAGAGCGAGAGAGAGAGAGAGAGAGAGUGUGAGUGAGAGUGAGGGUGAGGGUGAGGGUGAGAGAGAGAAUGAGAGUGAGAGAGAGAAUGAGAGAGAGAGAGAGAAAGAAAGUUUGUGAAUACCUGUUGUUGUGAUACUGCCGAACAUUUUUUUCAACUAAUCAAUUACGAGUCACGCCGCGUUGGAUCGAGAAUUGUUUUCGCCAGUGAGAUGUGUUGACGUUUUGUGACUUUUGUGACACCUCGGGUUCAUCCGAUAUUUUUCAUGAAGGGUCUCGGCUCCGGCUCGCCAAUGGUUGACUACAAAGCAUCGAGCGGUGGAAGCAGCGACGAGGGCGACACGGCCGGGGGCGUCGGCGGAGGCGGAGGUGGAGGCGGAGGCGGGGGUGGCGAGGACACGGAUCUCGAGGAGAACUCGGGACGACCCAGCGGCAGCCCCGAUUAUCGAGAUUUACAAAAUCCGCGCCACGCCACCAGCGCCCACAACGUUCCCCAGGAGUAUCCUCAGGCCAGGCCCGCCUUUCAGCAGGAGUACAACAAUCCGGCGGCGAUGGAACGGCCCCCCUUCGACAAGCAGCCCCAGCCGAUGCUCAGGGAAGACGAACUCAAAUCCUGGAGUUACGAGGAAAACGAACGAAAGGAUUUUCCACGGAGCGUUGCAUCCUUUCCCGGCGAAUACCGCGAGUAUCGUGAUAUCAAGCCGGAAACCCGUGGGCCCAAGGAAAUACCCUUGAGAGAGUGGGUCUCCCCCGUGCCCGAAGUCGAGGUCGGCCGGUCCUCGGUCAGCGGAUCCCAGGUGAGGGCGCGCAGAGACAUCGCCAGGGGGAGCAAGUUCGGGCCCUUCAUUGGGAGGUGGGCCCACGAACCCGCGAAUCCGCACUACGCCUGGGAGAUACGUAUUGCUGGAAGCGGUGUCAGAGGAUGGCUCGACGCAUCUCACGAAGCGAGUAAUUGGCUCAAGUAUAUUCGAAGUGUGCGCAGUCCUAUGCACGCGGUCAACAUGCGCCAUGUUCUGAUUGGUGGACAGGUGGUGUACGAAACGAUUCGAGAUAUAGCAGCGGGCGAGGAGCUGCUUCUGGGUUCGCGGGAGCCGCUCCAGCUGCAGGAUAUGCUCGGUGAAAACACGGUGGAGGACAGGAGCGACAAGGAGACCGCUUCUCAGCACAGCGGUACCGUCGAUGAGGACAGAGAGGAGGAGAAGGAAGGGGAUAUAAGGUGCACGGUCUGCGAUAAACCUUUCCAGGAAAUCGACUCACUCGAUGGCCACCUGGUGACCUGCCACAGGUAUCCAGCGGAGCAAUAUCGGUGCGAAACGUGUCACAAGGGCUACGCAUGGAGGCCACUGGUCGUUCGGCAUCGGGCGAUCGUUCACGGUGACCUGAAGAGCUACCAGUGCGAGAACUGUCCAAAGGUGUUCACUGAUCCCUCAAAUCUCCAGCGCCACAUUAGGACCCAUCACGUUGGCGCCCGAAGUCACGCCUGUCCGGACUGCGGCAAGACGUUCGCGACGAGCUCCGGCCUGAAGCAGCAUACCCACAUCCACAGCAGCGUGAAGCCUUUUCAAUGCGACGUAUGCUUCAAGGCCUACACGCAGUUCUCAAACCUCUGCAGGCACAGGCGAAUGCACGCUGACUGUAGGGCGCAGAUAAAGUGCGGUAAAUGCGGACAGUCCUGCAGCUCAGCAUCGGCUCUGUCGAAACACAAACGGUUCUGUGACUCUACGGGGCCUCCCGGACCCACCGGAGCCAUGCCUCAGCUCCCGACCUCGGGGCCCAGCUCGUUUCUCGUCUACCCACGGCCGCAGUGUACGCUGCCCUUCUACCCGGUUCCGAGUCUAGGACCCUACCCAGGCAUGUUCCAAAACGCGGGAGGAUUGUACAACAAUUCAUUCGUCUACCCGCCGAAGAUCGAGGAGCUUGAAAAGCGGUGCGAAAGCCCGAAGAAGGAGAGGUUCACGCCACCUCGGAUACCGACGCACCACAACAAGGUCUCACCCACUACGGCCGAGGAGGCGACGUCGACCUUCAGGCCGUCCCCUGCCAGGCCGCCGGUUCAACCCACUCCGGAAACGGACGAGGAGUCGCCUUUGAAGCAGUGCAAAGUGGAGAAGAGCUCGGAGGCCGAAGCGAUGCAGGAGGAACCCGUGGACCAGCCGCUCGAUCUCAGGGUCGAGACAAGGAGACGUCAAACGCCCAGCAUUGCCGGAAGUCACAGUUCCUCCCCGGUCCCCGUCGUCGAGGAGGCGAUAACCGAUCCCUGGAAGAUCAAAGACGAGGAACGCAUAGGGGCCAGGGUGAAGAAGUUGGCUCUCAGUCCGCCGUGCACCGUCGCCGAACAACCGCCGACGAGCGCGCCUCCCCACAUGGCUUAUCCACGGCCCAUUCACCCGUUGGUACUGGACGCCAUGUACCGCGCUCCGUCCGGGACGUUCCCUGGUUUCCCAGGGGGACCUCUGCCCCCCGGUGGUGGACCCGAAUCUCGGCUCCUACCGCCGCUUCCACCCUUCGGACCUUCCCGUGGGUAUCAUUUUUUAGGGUCGCUCAUGAACGCGCCCAGUGGCGGUAGACCAGGUGGGUUCGACCUCCUGGCCCGUCCGCCACUCGGCGCGUUCCCCGGCAUGAAGCCGUUUCAGGAGGUGAUGUCCCACCCCCACCACCACCCCCACCACCACCCUCACAUCAAGACGAAGGAUCGGUACGCGUGCAAGUUCUGCGGCAAGGUGUUUCCCCGUUCGGCAAAUCUCACGAGGCACCUUCGGACCCACACCGGGGAACAACCUUACAAGUGCAAGUACUGCGACAGGUCCUUCAGCAUUUCGAGCAACCUCCAACGCCACGUUAGGAACAUUCACAACAAGGAGAAACCCUUCAAGUGCCCGCUUUGCGAAAAGUGCUUCGGGCAGCAGACGAACCUCGAUCGCCAUUUGAAGAAACACGAGGCUCCGGAUGGCAGCGUUGUCGGCUCCGCCGCCGACUCACCCGGGAGCAGCAACGAGAACGAACGGGAGGAUCCCUGCUUUGACGAGAUAAGGUCCUUCUUCGGCAAGGCCACCGCGGAGGGUGACGGAUACUGCCUUCCUCACCCCUACCCCACUUACCUGCCGGGCAGACUUCACGACCUUCACGGGACGAAUCCUGAGGGCGAAUACGACGAGGACGAGGACAGCGAAGAGGGCGUCUCACCCCUCGAGGAGCCCGACGCCAUGUCCCCCAUGGAACAGGACAACUCGCCGUCGCCUCAGUUCGAGCUCAAGCUUAGGGAUAAGCAGGAAUUGCUCAACAAUAAUACCGCCGAACCAGUGAUAGAGGUAUCGACGUAGCCAGCAACGGGGCGACUCCGACGUCGAACUCGCCCGAAACCGCCGCUCCGCUUUUCCUUUACUUAGUGAUUAGUUAGGUAUACGAUUUUUUAUUUUCUUUUCUUUAAGAUUUUUAUUUUUUUUUAUUUUUGAAAGAGAGAAGGAGACAUAAUAUAGUUCGACAGGCAGUUCUCUGUACUUUGGAAUUGUGCACGGCGUAAUGCAAAACUAAUAUAUAUUUGUCCUUAUUUGCCUAAGUAAGUCCCUUAAAUAGUUAGUUCCUACAAAACGCGUCAAUGAUAAUUUAAUGCAGAUAUCGGAUACAAAAUACAAACUUUAAUGACUUUUUUUUUUUUUGUUCUAUUUUUUUAACAAGUUUUCAAUGACCUUACUUACAUUUAAUUCAUCAGAUUCAUUCAGUGAGGGAAGGCUCUACCGAAAUUGUGAAAUCUACCUGCUUUAAAUCAAAUUUAAUUCAAGAGCUCGUUGAUAUUGAUUAAUGGAUUAUAUUACAGCUGAUUCUGUGAACUGUUGCAAAAUAUUUCAAUAAAAUUGUGGCAGUUGUUUACAUUUUGCAAGGCUCAAAACGUUAUAUCUCAAACAUUAUGUCGAUCUUUUCAAAAUUAAACUAUGAAUAUUGAUCAAUUUUGCCAUAGAGAGUAUUUUCUCGGUAGGAUGUUUCAAAAGUGAGUCCUCGUUCUCCCCUGCACUGAUAUUUAUUGUUACUAUAAUAAUAAUUAUUAUUAAUUAUGGCUUUAUCGAAUUUUUUAUUUCAACUUAAAAUUAAAUCUAUUACUAUUAUCAUCAUCAUCAUCAUCAUCAUCAUCAUUAUUAUUAUUAGUAUCCUCAUUAUUACGAUUAGUGUUACUGUUUACUAUUGUUAAUUUAUGAAUAUAAUUUCAAGUCAAAUAUGUCAAUCUUAUACACACGAUGGAUGAAAAUCAAAUUUUGUAGUCAUUGAAAAGAGAAAAGUGAAAAGAAGAAAGAAGGGUUUCGGAACGAGUUAUAACCUAUGUCAAAAUUUGUAGUCUGACAAGCCAAAGUAAAAGAGGAAGACAGAGAGAGAAAAUAAAAAACAAAAGUGUAAUUACGGAAUUAUAAAAAGUUAUGUACAAAUUUUCAUUAGGUAAUAAUGUUUGUAAAAAUCUCUGUAAUUCUUAAUAUAUUAUUAUUAUUAUUAAAAUUAUCAUUAUACAUAUUAUAGUAAUUAUAGUAGCGAUCAGGGGCAUUCGUCUCGUGUCGUGAUUAUUAAAGAAAUAAAAGAAGACGCCGCGUGUUAAUUGAAGAGGAAAUAAAAAAGCGAAAUAUUGAGGAGUGAAUGACGCCGGUUUCUCGGUGCUCCGUACCUAAGCUAGAGAAUUGGAUAAGUGCGCCCCUGUCAGAUUUUUAGCAUAGCACACGAUCUCUAAACUACGAUUAUUAUUCGUUCAUUAAAGCUAUAUAUCUUAUAAUAUAAUUAAACACACAAUCACACACGAGUCAAGUCACGAGAUGGGGCAACACUUAUUUUUCACUUUAAAAUUUAACAUGUUACAUGUUCUACAUAUCUCCUCUCUUGUAGAUUAUAUAUGAUAUUAUAAAUUGAUGAAUUUUAAAUAAGUCUAGAUUAACCAAGCGAUAGACUAUAAUUAUUAAGUAAAAAAUCUAUUAUGACUCUGUCUAUCUAUACAUACUGUAUAAAAGCAUCUGUACUUCAUUAUUACUAUACUAUUAAAAUAAUAUACUUCAAUUUAUUAAAAUCAUCUUAUUUCAGUCUACAUCUCGAUCAUCGCAUCCAGCUAAACCAAUUGAUAUUUCGAAUUAACCUCAGGACAGCUUUUGCUGGACGCAAACAGUUCUGAACAGUUCAUUGGAAAACGCAAUUUCCGUUCUCUCAAUCGUUGAUGGCCGUAACUGCAUCAAUUGGAUAGACCGGCGGCCAGUAGAAAACUGCAGGAUUCUGCGAUACCGGCGAAAGGUUGAACGGUGUGUAACGAAGUCGCUGAAACACGCCUAAACAAAGGCAAGUGCACCUACGCCACUUGUUGC